UUCUUUGAUGCAGUUACAUGAAAAUUAUAAUACCGGCCAACAAUUUUAUGUAGUCUAUUUAUAUCACGUCUACGCGUCGAAAAAUAGAGACGCGAACAUAUAAUUCAUUUAGUUGUUUAAAAGUGCACGUUACGUAAUUUAAGUCCCAAAAUGACAAAUCUGAAAGUCUUAAUCGGUGGGGGCACUGGCUUCAUAGGUAGGCGUUUGGGCGAUCUCAUUUCAAAACACGGAUAUGAUGUGACGAACGUUUCUCGAAUGCCGGGCAGAAACAACAUAUGCUGGUCGGAUAUAGCGAUGAGAGGUUUGCCUGACAACACGCAUGCUGUGGUCAAUCUCGCGGGGCAACAGUUUAUGGACUUCACCAAGGCCUGGACGCCUGGAUUUAAACAAAAUGUCCAGAAUUCUCGAGUUUUCACUACCAAAUCAUUAGUAGACGCCAUAAACAAGGUAGAAGCUAAACCUAAGGUAUUGGUUGUGGUCACUGGAGUUGGUGCGUAUGAGCCUUCAGAGUGUAACAAGUAUGAUGAAAGUAGCACAGUCACUGGCUCAGACUUCUUCUCUAGAUUAACUACUGAAUGGGAGGGGGCAGCCAGUAAAGUAGACCCAUCAGUUAGACUUGUUAUAAUAAGAUCCGGUGUAGUCAUUGGCCGAGAAGGCGGAAUGAUAAAGAACAUGAUCCUGCCAUUCUUCCUAGGCUUAGGUGGGCGUAUUGGCUCAGGCAAGCAAUUCCUGCCUUGGAUACAUGUGGAUGAUCUUACAGGAAUCAUCAAAUUCGCGAUAGAAAAUGAAAAAGUCGAUGGAAUACUAAAUGGUGUAUCUCCUCACAUUAUAACUAAUCAGGAUUUUACAACGUCUUUUGCCAAAGCUCUCAACCGACCAGCUUUCUUUCCUGUGCCAGAAACAAUUCUAAAUGUUCUACUCAACCCUGAGAGAGCCAUGCUACUGACUAAAGGACAACACGUUACGCCUAAAAGAGUCGUGGAACUCGGAUAUUCGUACAAGUACCCCAACUUAGAUGAAGCAUGCAAAGACGUCGCGCAUCUGUUUCCAAAGAAAACUGCAAAUUGAGGAAG